CGCGCCGGGGCGAGCAGCGGCGGGCGAGGCCCGAGCGGCGGCGGCGGCGGAGCGGCGGCGGCAUCAUGGCGGACAGAGACAGCGGCAGCGAGCAGGGCGGCGGCGGCGGGGGCGCGGCGGGCGCCGGGGGGCCGGGCGCGGGCGGCGGCGGCCCGGGCGGCGGCGGCGGCGGCGGCGGGGGCCCGGGCGGCGGGCUGCAGCACGAGACGCAGGAGCUGGCCUCCAAGCGGGUGGACAUCCAGAACAAGCGCUUCUACCUGGACGUGAAGCAGAACGCCAAGGGCCGCUUCCUCAAGAUCGCCGAGGUGGGCGCGGGCGGCAACAAGAGCCGCCUGACCCUCUCCAUGUCGGUGGCCGUCGAGUUCCGCGACUACCUGGGCGACUUCAUCGAGCACUACGCGCAGCUGGGGCCCAGCCAGCCCCCCGAGCUGGCGCAGGCGGCCGACGAGCCCCGGCGGGCGCUGAAGAGCGAGUUCCUGGUGCGGGAGAACCGCAAGUACUACAUGGAUCUGAAGGAGAACCAGCGCGGGCGCUUCCUGCGCGUCCGCCAGACCGUGAACCGCGGCCCGGGGCUGGGCUCCACGCAGGGCCAGACCAUCGCGCUGCCCGCACAGGGCCUCAUCGAGUUCCGCGACGCCCUGGCCAAGCUCAUCGACGACUACGGCGUGGAGGAGGAGCCGGCCGAGCUGCCCGAGGGCACCUCCUUGACUGUGGACAACAAGCGUUUCUUCUUCGACGUGGGUUCCAACAAGUACGGCGUGUUCAUGCGGGUGAGCGAGGUGAAGCCCACCUACCGCAACUCCAUCACCGUCCCCUACAAGGUCUGGGCCAAGUUCGGCCACACCUUCUGCAAGUACUCGGACGAGAUGAAGAAGAUCCAGGAGAAGCAGCGGGACAAGCGCGCCGCCGCCGCCGCCGCCCCCGCCGUGGGCGCCGAGCCGCCCCCCGAGGCCGAGGCGGCCGCCGCCGGGCCGCCCGGCGCGCUGCUGCAGGCCGAGGAGCCCGAGGAGGACUGACCGCCCGCCCCCCGGGACGCGGACUGGCCCCGCCGCCGGCGGGAGGGAGGGCGGGCGGCGGGGCGCGGGGGCGGCGGCCCGGAGCCCCCCCUCCGCCCGGAGCCCCCCCGGCCGCGCCGCCCGCCCGGCGCCCCCCCCGCCGCCCGGCAGCAGCAGCGCCUCAGACCCGCCACCCAUCGCUGGAUGUUCCUCCACUUUACCCACCGUAUCAAACAACUUUUACCAGUAAAUAUCGGUUUAUUCCUGAAACCAGAAGCCCUAAACAUACCUUUGUUUAUAAGCCUGGGUGGUUCUGAUUGCUGGCAGUUCUGUAAUACAACCUUAAUCUGAGCAGUUGAGGCUGGUCCUACCUUAUCUUCAGACGUCUUGCGGAGGACUCCUGUUACCAGUUUGGUAUUCAAAAGCUACACCCCACCAUCAGAAGUCACUUUUUGUUUUUUCCAAAGGCAGUGAUAGCUCACCCUCUCUAGCUCUAAUGGAAAACCUGAUAAUUGCAAUGCAACUUUCUAAUAAAUUGUUCAUAUAUUCAUAAUUCCGUUGCAAUCCCAAAUUGGAGAAGAGAUCUGUUAUAAGGUAUAUAUUAGUCUAGAUUUUUCUUAUUGUAAAUACUGUAAUUUUAUAAUACUGUCAAUAUUUUAUUAACUUAGAAAUAUUUAACAGAGUUUAAUCUAUGGUAGUUGAUUUAUUUAUAGGUUUAUGUUGCAGCCAAUUACAUUCUAAUGUAAGAUUAACUUUCAGCAUGUAAACUUUGAGUGAAUAUAUCUUUGGAAAGAUUAAGAGAGAAAAAUCUCGCUCUUAAUCUGUAGUAUUUAUCCCCAAUUCCCAGUUGGGAAUUAUUCAACGAAAUAUUAGGAGGUUUUGAGAGCUCAUGAAUCUAAUAACUGCAGUUGGAUUUGAAAACUUGAAUUUUGAGAUGUACUUGGCUCUUUGACCCUGUGAAAAAGUUCAUUUCAGUACCUGACCUCUCUAGCACAGAAGUCUUUAUUUUGAGCAAAGGGACACUGUCAGAUCAAUUUUAGUUUCUUGCUUUUUGGGGGGAAAAAGAAAGCGCAGAAUGCGGCCCUGCGGCACGCGUGUUAAUUCCUUUUGGAUCGCAAGGGGAACAGCUCCUCUCCCAAAGCUUUGGAUCCCUGGCCAGAGCAGCUUCACCCCGGGCAGGGGCGGAACUCCGGCCGCUCCGAGGGCUCUGGGCAGUCCCGGUGCUGCCGCAGUCCCGCCGGCUGCAGCCGGAGCUCGGGGAGAUGGGCAAAAGUGCACAAAGUCUCAAACUUUUGACCGUUUUUGACCAAAGCGUUUGCUUUUUAAGAAUUGAAAUCUCUCUCUCUCUUUUCACCUGAUGGUGUCCCUUUAGCAUCAUAAAGAUGUUCAUGUUCUCUGAAAACCAUGAGAAGUGAUUUUCUUAUCAAGGCAGAGGAGAAUUGGUCUGUCAUGUGUUUGCAACGCAACUUGCAUAAAAAUACCAAAAAUAUCUUGAGGGUUUUCACAGGCGUUGGUAUUUUUUGAGUGUAAAAGUUAAUCUUGAUUAGAGAUGUGCCAAUCUUUACUGCUUUCCUGUAGUGUUGUUACACUUAGGCAUUUCAGUUCACUUACAAAUAUAUACUGUAACAGUAUACUUUGUACAGAUUUAUUUAAAAUUUAUUUGAAAACUGAAAUAAAGUAGGCAGAAAAUAAAGAUAUUUAUUUUUCAUUUGACUAUGUAAGAAGGUAUCAUUCUUUUGGUUUUAGUGCACUGGUGUACCAAGCCUCAGAACCACUGCUUUCUCCAGCUCAUAGGAUGCUUUUCCAGACUGUGGAUACGUGUAUGUGUACUGCUGUGUUGAUAAGUAAAUGCCAACGAUGGAGUUCGUUGCUUUUAUACAUCCCAAAGAGAAGUUCUCCACCGUUCACUGUCUGUUUUCUGACCGAAAAGGCGUGUGUUUGUGAACAGUGUUCACGCCAGCUCUGCCAUCCCACCCUCACAUCAGCUCACACCAAUGCCAGGAUGGGAGGAGUUGCCUGCGUACCUUCCCCAAAACACCCUGGGCCACAGUGGCAUCGUCAGGGAGCAGUUCAAACCUGUGUCCUUUGGGCUUUGUGUAAAGCAAAUGCAGAACAAGAAAAAUCGAGAUGUUAAAUCCAUUAGAAAACCAAUUCCUUAUUGUACAGUAGUAUGGAGAUCUCUAGUCAACCUGCCAUUAAUAAUAGAUUCUUAUUUUUUGAAUGAUCUAUUUAAAAGAACAGCAAGCAUUGUAUUUGCUAGUAAAUCUGAAGUGUUUACAUGGAAUUACUAAAUAAAUUAUUUGAUCUAA